GAAUUGUGAUCUUCACUGGUUUCCAUGGAUUACAUGAAAUCUGUCCACCUUUAUUCAUCUUUGUCAUGGUAGGGAGAACACGUCAAUGGUCAUCUUGGGGGUCUAAAUGACCUCACUCCCAGUGUCAAAGUGCCUAGGAUAGCCCAAGGGUUAAGUGGGAAAGCAUGCAGAAUCAACGACUGCCAAAUGCUUUUGUGUCCCACUGUAUGUGUGGCAUCAAUGUAUCAUAGGUUGGGACCUGAUCCUAAAUGAAAUAGUCAAACGAAUAGUUUCUGUAAAAGCUUUUCAUGUUGUAACUCAUGGAUUUAUGUAUGUAAAAAAGCACAAAUUUCAAUUUACAAGUACAUUUUUCUCUGGAUUACGUUGCACAGUAAAAACAUAAUCUUUAUUUGCACAUUUAUCGUCUCAUUUCUCAAAAGGUUUCAGUCCAGUGGAGAAGAACAUUAAAGUUUUAUUUUACUUUCUGCAUUUAACAUCAGAGAAUCAUGAGAUUUGCAUAUAUGAUACACAGGGAUGCAGUAAAACAAACUGAAGUACCCACCUUAAAACAAAAUGUCGUCUUGUGUUUUUUCAGCACUUAAAAAGGAAAAAUAAAUUCAUGGUAAGAUGCUAAAUAAACAGAAUACAUGCAGACUUUAAGCUAAAUAUGUUUUGCCAAAAGAUUAGUUAAAGUUUAAAAAAAAAAUUAACGAUAUUAAAUUUUUCCAAGAAAGAAAAAUGUAUCAAUGUAGCAUUUAGGAUGAAACAGUUAAAAAACCCAAAACAUGCCUUUUAUCAAAAUGGCAGUAUGCAGAAAAGCCUCAUAGACAGAGACACACACACACACCUCCCUGUCUGUGAAUGCAGUCACACGGCUUGAUAUCAUAGGAGCAGAGGUGGAGGGGGGGGGGAGUUUUGGGUCUGCGAUUUUGUCUACAGUGCCGUAACAUUUUUAACCAGUUACUUCCACACCACUUCUUUCAUUACGCCGUUCUGUGAAGUGGAACGUAAAGCUGCUGGAGUUGAGAGGUCAGGGGCUCCUGCUGCCUAGAAACAUACAGUCUAAUAUUAGAACAUUUCCUUGAUUUGUUAGCAGCAUCUCUGCUGACUGCUGAGCACAUGGCAACAGGCCGGCCAAUAGGAUUUCAGGAGACUGCUAAGCCCCUUGCUCUGUAUAGCAACAGCGGCAUCCUUGCCUUAUUUAUUUAUAUAUGACUUUUUUCCCACCGACUCAUUCCUAUGACCGUGUCCCCCCCCCCUUAUCCAUCCAGUGAGCUCUCAAACUGUGCAAAAGAGUUGCAGUGUUGAGAGCAGGGCUCCUCUUCUACUCCUGCUGCUCUCUUAAGUGCAUUAGCUCUUGAAUAUAAAUAGCCUUCAUAGCUUUUUUUCCUAUAGUGAAUUGCAAUUUUCCACAUUUGUGUUGAUUUUUUCUUAUCGCAUCUCACAAUUUAUUGAAGUUUUUUUUAGUGCUUCUCCAUACAAAUGUGAAUUAAGAGAACCAUGAUUUGGAGAGAGGAGUGAUUCCCGGAAGGAUUUUUACAUGCAGUUGUGAGGAAGAGAAGGAAAACCAACAGGAAUGACAGCGUGGGAAAAAGUGACAUACGGAGGAGACGGAUAACAACCAAGAAGAGGAGAUCUGUAGAAGAUGGAGGACAUGGAGGAGAGCCUAUCAGGGAUAGGAGGAGUGGGAGGCGGUGGGAGGUGGAGGGGCAUGGAAUGGCGUGAGGACCGAGGCCGGUGGUUGGUUUGAUCUGAGCCACGUGUGUGUCCAGCGACGUCUCUUCGUCGCUUCAUGGAUGUCGAUGAGACGCAGGCUUCCGAUGCCGCCCCGUCCUUUUCCGUCUUGGUCCAGGUUUCCUAAGAAGAGGUGAUCUAUGUGUCUUUGAGGAAGAAAAUGUGCAGCUGAGAAUCAGCGUUCCCCAGUUGAACAUCAGACAUUGAAGCGAAAAAGAAUCAGGCCAUUUGAUUCUUGCACUGUGGUUUUCUCCAAGCAGCUCCUUGGCAUGAAUUCCUUCAAGCCUAUUUCCUUUAGAGGUUCUUUUUAAAUGACUGUGAAGCAGAAAAGUACUUAAUUAAAAAAAACUGCUCAGGAAUAAAGGGGAGUGCAAACCUGGGAUGCUCUAUGAUGUGUUUUAAACAAGCGUUCAGCCUGGAGAACAGGCUCUACAUCACCAACACUGGUCAGCCAUGAUCUCCGCAUUUCCAUCCUCUCAAUCCUCAACCAUGAGUUUAACUGUAAGCUGAUAAUAUGUGAUCUCACUGUGACACCAACAGUCGGAUUCACCCUGUUAUAAAACCAAGCUAGACUGUUCUGUCAGUGUUGUGAAAAUGGCCGCCAAGAGUUUCCACCUCUGGACCGAGGACGAGCUGAAGCCAAACGAUGUCCUGACAUCCUCUCUAGCAUCUCUCCGGCUAACAGAUGAGGCUGUGGUCACGAGCGAGAACACAGUCCACAUGGUGGAUAAUCCCAAGCCCGAUCCUACAUUUCCUGAGAUGACAUCAUCACUGCUUCACCAAUCACGGCAGCAGUCAGACAUAAGCAUAGCUACUAAGCCUGAGCCUCUACCAGCAGAUCAAGAGUCCUUGGAGAAGGAGAAAGGCCACAGCAGCAGUGAGGUGCAGUCUUGCACACCGAGAGUUUUCCUUCAGGACCUCUCCUCACACACUGAUGGAGAUGAUAAAGCAUUUCUUGCCCUAAAAAUCAGCAGCAAGGAAAAAGUUUGGUCAGAGAGUGAUACAACCAAACCAAUGGCAGCCUAUGAGAGCAAUGCAGACAACCUCCAGCUAUCUGAAGCAGAGUGGUACUGGGGAAACAUCUCAAGAGAGGAAGUAAAUAACUUGAUGAGAAACACUCCCGAUGGGACUUUUCUGGUUCGAGACUCCUCCAGUGGAAUUAAAGGAGAAUACACUCUGACCUUACGGAAGGAUGGCUAUAACAGGUUGAUAAAAAUCUUCCAUUAUGGGGAAAAGUGUGGCUUUUCUGAGCCACUUGUCUUCCCCUCUGUGGUGGAUCUGAUCCAGCAUUAUCAGAAGAAAUCGCUAGCACAGUACAACUCUAAACUGGAUACACGGUUACUCUACCCAGUAUCCAGAUUUCAGGAGCAGCACCUUGUAAUGGAAGUUGACAUAGAUGCAGCCGGUGAACAGUUGAGAAUAUAUCAGGAUCAAUACAAAGAGACGAGCAAAGAGUAUGAUCAGUUGUUCAAAGAGCUGAACCAAACCUCCCAGGAACUUCAAAGUAAGAGGACAGCCAUUGAGGCUUUUACUGAAAUAAUCAGGAUUUUCGAAGAGGAAUGUGAAACUCAAGAACGCUACAGCAAGGAAUACAUUGACAUGUUCCUUGCAUUAGAUAGCAGCUCAAAUACAGAAAAGAUUCAAAGCAACCCUGAAGAGUUGCAGUCAAGGGUGGAGGAGAUUCACAGCAGCAAGAAGAAGUUGGAAGAAGAGUUGAAGAAGAAAGCUCUGGCUCACAUGGAAGUUGACAGGAAAAUGAAUGGCUUGAAGCCUGACCUUGUGCAACUCAGGAAAAUCAGGGAUCAAUACCUACUGUGGCUCACCCAGCAAGGUACUAGUCAGAGCCAGAUUAACGAGUGGUUGGGUAUAAAGAGAGAAGAAGAAGAUCUCUACACCCUGGAGGAUGAUACUCACCAGGAGAGGAGCUGGUAUGUGGGUGGCAUGAGACGAAAAGAGGCGGAGGAGCUGCUGAGAGGGAGGAGAGAUGGAACUUUCUUAAUCAGAGAGAGUCAGACUCAGAGGGGCUCCUUCGCCUGCUCUGUUGUUGUGGACGGAGAGGUGAAACACUGUGUCAUCUACAGGACGGCUACAGGGUAUGGCUUUGCAGAGCCCUACAACUUGUACUCAUCGCUCAGGGAGCUUGUUCUCCACUACAGACACACAUCCUUGAUCCAACACAACCAGCAGCUGAAUGUAACCCUUGCCUGGCCUGCUCUUAGUCAGCCAUUCAGUGAAGAAACAUGAGCACACAGUCCUGGUGACGCUUUUAAAACUUUACACUAUAGCACUGAGGACACAGUUACCACACGAAGAACCGCUUAGUGUUUCAGUGCUAAAAUUACAGUAUCAGUUCCCAUUUGGCUAUGCUUUCACAGCAAUUAAAAACAGCUAAAAAAAAUAAUCAUGGAAUAUUUGUAUAUUUGGCUUUAAGCACUAGCUUCUUAACCAGACCAGGUGAACAGAAAAUUGGAUGAAGGAUUUUUUUCGGUUUCCGUUGGAACAGCUCUAACCAAUACAAAUAAAUGGGAUGACUGUUCUAAUGUUAUAUACAGAGUUUAAAAUCUUUACAAAUGAUGAAGAGCUGCACGUUUUACUUUGCUGAACACAAAGAAAAUGGAUAAAUAAUUUUCCGUUUCUGAAUUCUGUUAUCAGUUUAGCCCUUUUACACAAUACAUUUUACUAAAGGGUGGUAAAAUAUGAAUAGUCUGUCUGUUUAAAACACACUGCGUGUUGGAACAUAAAUUACAGCAUUUUUUCACAACAAAAAUAGUCAAAAUAGUUUUUGUCUGGAUGGGUUUUUUUUAAACGUACAAUUUCAGACACUCAAUAUUGCAGCAGAAGAUAUGUCUAUAUGUUUUUACAAAAACCAACUAAAUAAAACUACUCUAUAAUUAGCCAGACAAACAUAGGAAACCUCUUAGUAGUGUAAAAUCCUACAAUUUAACCCAACAUCUGCAUCUUGUACAUGACUGAAAUUUGCUCAAGGGACGCUGCAAAAGUUAUGAUAGAAUCUUCUCAUUAAAAUAUAUUUUUAAACAAGACAUUUUCUUUAUUGAGGGGAUGGGGUGUAAAGUUGUAAAGUUACAGCCAGCAUGUUCUUAGUUUGGAGAACCAGAGAUGAUGUCAGAUGGUCCAGCAAAGCUCUGAGAAGACAUCAAUUUGCAACAUGCAGUUUAAAAGCCGUCAUGCGUGUACAUUUACACCGGUUUCGACAGUUUGUUACCGUGAUUGAAGAAAAUCAAUAAUUAAAGUGACAAACUGAAAUCUAUUUGUCCAAGGUACAGUGCCCCACUUAAAACAAAAAAGUAGAAGUUAAACGUUUUUUACAGUUUUCAAAAAUGUAUCAAAAUCCUGUAUAUUUGAUACAAGAAAUCCAUUAAAUAUAGGCUGUAGCUAUUUUAAAGGUAAUUAUGGAGAAAUUAAGCUCAGGUCGGGACUCUGCACUACCCUGAACAUUUUGCAUUGCUGUUAGUGGAAGUGAGGAGUCACUUAAGCACUUUAUCCAAAAUUAAAGAUGAACACAAAAGGAGCAGUUGUUGCUUCAGGCUUCAUUUAUGAAUCCUGUCCGUGGUGGACAAAUACCUCACUUUAUAAUGUUCAAAUGGUUGAAAAAAAGAAAGAAAUCUUUACUAAACUUUUAUUGCUCUUACUUAUUUUUGAUGUUUGAUAAAGAUCGAUGUUUAAAACAUGGCAGGUAUUGUGAGCAGUUGUCAUUCAUAGGAAGCAUUUACAUUCGGCAUCUCAAGCUACUCAUCCAACCUUCAGAUCGGACUGUUCGACAGUUCUUUAAUUUAGAUAAAUAUUUAAUUUUUAGGAUUAUAAAUACAUUUUUCAAGUCUGUUUUCAAAUGUUUGUUUUGAUUUUGAGAACGCUACUAAAAUGAUCCAUUUCUUAUGUGCAACACAUUUAAAAGAGAAAAAACAUCAAGAACCCAGAAGCUGAUCAAAAGUGAAAAUGAAUUCUGGUCCCAUAAACACUAGAAAAUCACACAAAAACAAUAUAAUACCCACAUGUAAAACAGUGGUCUAGAUAAUUAGCUUUAGGGUGUAAUUAUUUAGGCUAUAUACUGCGUCUUCUGUAGCCAGCACUGCAGGAUUCUUGACAAAUCUAUGGAUCCAGGAGAAUCCUGCUUGUCUCCAACUCUGCACAAAUUGUAUAAUGGUGCCUUUGAUGUCUUAGUCCAGCUAUCAUAUUACUCUUUGACGCAAAAACAUCAUAACGAACUACGUAGAUUGUGUAACGUUAAAUUAAAACAAUAAAAACAAAUUAAUAAAAAGGUUUAAACUUUUACAUAAAAUCUGCACUAGAUGCUAAAAUUGAUCCACUUUACACUUGAGGUAAGACCCUUUUUUCAGGGUGUUUGUUGCCAAAAUGAAGGUUAUUUGGGUAGCUUGAAUUAAACGUAGUUCAGUUUUAACCAUAAGCCACGUCACAACAGCACAGUCCAUGUCCGUCAGGUUAUUCAUAUCAACCCAAAUGAAGAUUUAGAAAAAAGUUAUAAGACUCACAUUUACCGGUGCAAAUUAUUUUUUAAGGAUAAAGAUUAAGCAUAGGCUGAAGCAAACACAAAAGGUAAAUCAAAGCCAGCAUUUAAGCAGCACGAACCUAAAGCUGAACACAGAAUAAGAAUUGCUCAUUUUAUUUUGACAAAAGCUAGUUAUAUUAUACAUGUCUGAAUUCAUGAAAACUGAGACUGCUUAGCUACUGAAACAUAAAAAAACAUAAUACCACAUCCUCAUUUUCUUGUACUUUGUUUUUUUCCAAUUUAAGAAUCGUGAUAAUCCAGUGGUGCUGAGUCUAGUGGUAAUUCAGAGACUUAAACAUUGACCAAACAGCUUUAAAAAAAUCUCACUACCUCGCUGGGAGGUAUAUUCAAUAGAUAAUAGAACACUGUGUCUAUAUGAGAAAACAUCUUACAUACACAUUUGAAACUUUUUCAAACCUUCAGUUCAAAUUGUUUACAUUUCAGACAGUCCCAGCGAGUUUUGGUGCUGGGUUGUUGCCAGGUUUGUGAUCCAGGGACUUUUGAUUGUGCAGUCUGUGGUUAGGGAUAAAUGGUGCUCGAGGAUUACAGUAAAUUACUUCAACAGCAUUUCUUAAAGAAAAAUAUAGCACUUCAAAAAACACAACAAUUGAAAUGUUGUUUUGUCUGUUAACUAAGAUUCAGUUAGCUAAUCUAUAAAAAAAUUGGUUGAUAGGUUAUUUAACCUUUCAAUGGGUCACAUUUAAUGCACUUUUCUCUACUUGGUUGAAAGUGUGCUUGGUUGUGAUUGCAUACAUUUGAUGUUGUCUCCUUUUUGUCCGACUGUUAUUUGACAUGUUUUCUUUUCUUCUGGAGUAGAUUGUUUCAGAUUUCAGGCUUGGAGCUAUGAAAAGGUCUAGAAGUCUGAUAAGUUGUUAUUGUGAAACAAUUUCUCUAGUUUUAUGGAAUUCUGCUCGGCUGGAUACUGUUUGUUAACCAGAUCUGGUACUAAUGCAGCACCACAAGCUGUUUAAGAUUUCUUUCUUGAAACAGUUGGCCGUUCUCUUUCAUAUUCUCAUCGCCUCACAGUAUGAGUCUAACUGUGAUGUCUAUAUCAACUAAGCAAAUGUGACAUAUUUGGUGUGCCUGUAACCACAUUAAUCUGCCACAUUGUGUUGCACAGGAGCAAACUAUGAGUACUGCAUUGCACAGGCUGUGGACAGAUUGCCACAACCACCACAAAGCAGUGCACUAUGUGUCGUCUCACCUGGAAGUGGUUUGUUUCUCGUCAACCAGGUUAUCUAUUUUUGUAUAAUUGGAACACCAAAUAUGUUGUGUGCUGAAUUAAGUCUAGAACUUGUGUGUUUACUUUACAAUGCAAAAUUAAAUAUAAAUCAUUACCUUUAUCUGCUUCUCCAGCAGGAAUAAAAAAAAAAGGUCAACGGGUUAUAUGUGCACAUAAACAUGCAAAGACCAUUGCUCUGUUGGGUUUAGAUUUGAAGCAUAGCAUUUGCACAAAAGUAUCUCAUGUGAGUAGAGGUACUAUGACUUUUAUCUUGUACAUUUACUCACUGAAGCAGCUGGACAAGGUUGUAAAUAAAGACAAAUUGCUAAUGAGAUUAAUAUGUUGUAGCAUUGAUUUAAAAAAUGUUUCAGUGCAUUGACAUUGUAAUUACAUAUGCACAGUUUGGUCUUUUUUGUACACAGUAGCAAGGUUUACAUGCACAACAAUAUUGAUACUAUUAUUAAUAGAUCCUGCACAAAUUGUGUUUAGGAUCUUUUAGUCACAUUUGCACAUAACCAUAUGACCCACCCAUUGGUAGACAGUUAAGUCUCACUUUGUCUUACUUUGGGUGUUCUUUUUAUCUGCAGCUAAGCUUUUUUUUUUUUUUUGCACAGUUUUGUCCGUCAGGUUUUUUUUUUUUUUUGGCAUGACACAUAAAAAUAAACCCAAGUGAAGCUGAUGUCUAAAAUUUACAAGUACAUCUAGAACACUCCACAUAAUUUCAUGAAAUUGCGGUUCUCUCAAACACUUCAUGGCCAAAUACACGUUUAGAUGUUGGAGAGUAUUGUUUACAAAAUGAUCAAAAUAUUGUUGUGUAUGUAGACAUACCCAUUUACUGUUAUGUAUAUUUUGUAUUGUGCUGCAAACAGAUAUGCUGAAAGACACUAAAAGCACAUUUCUCAGUAAGUACUGUUCUGUGUGUUUGAUGGUGAAAGGGAAGUAGCUAGUCUGUUUUUUUUUCCGUUCAUUCAAAAGUUUCUUCAUAAAUUAUGCUCUACUAAUUGUUCUUCAAUGACGAUGAUACAACCAGCCUAAAUUUUGUCUUUCAUAUAUUUUUGCCUUUUAGCAUACUUUAAUUACUGAAGCACUCCUUUAAAUAAAAUGUGUAAAAGAAUUUAACAAAAUAGGUGUUCUUUAAGUCUUUGUUUGAAUUCUGUGCUAAAUAACAUGGAUUGGUGAUAUGGAAAAACAAAUGACAGAAAUAAACUGUGAGGACAGUUUCUUUUAGUUUGCUGUUUGGAUAAUCGAGUUUAUCAAUGACGUUACUUAAAAGGUUUUGUAUUAUGGGAUGUAGCAGGUACUGAAUUAGAAAAAUACUGUACGUGUAAAAACAGUUAAACAUGUUCGUUAGUGGUGUAAGUGGUAGUGGUUUCAACUGUAGUUUAACAAGUUUGAUUUCUUGCGACAGAUUUUUUUUGUUUUGUUUCUUUGGUAUCGUUGAACCUUUUCUUUAGGAAUAACAUGGUUCUGCAAAAUAAAAAUACAUGUCUAAUGAGGGUUCUAGGAACAGACUGAUCUUUAAGAUAAUAGCGAAAGGAAGAAUUGUGAAGAUAAAUUGGAGGAGGGGUUGAAGAAAGACGGUAAACUGGAACAGUUGUGGCAAUGAUAUGUAGCACGCCUUUGAUUUGUGGGUUCUUUUGGGUAGAUCUGUACUUACAGCUAUGGUUCUACAUCUAGAAGAAGGUUGCAGAAUGUUUAGUGAAGGAUCUGGUCACGUGACAUUAAGGUUUGUUGGUAGGAUUGAUGUGUUUAGUUAAAAUGCUAGGUUUAGACAAAACUUGAUUGGCAUAGCUGGGACAACCAGUUUCAAAAGUAAGUCAUUGUAAAGAUGAGAGGUCCUGACUCCUGUGGUGCUAUUUCCGUGGCUGGUGCAGCACAAAUGUGAGAAGCAUCAAGUUUUGGGGGGUGUGGCAAAAAUUAUGCCGCCAGGCACAAAUUUUCUAGAGUUAAAAAAUCUGGAUCUUUGCGAGGUGUCAACUAAUCUAGAACUGUGCUUUUGUGGUACUGUGUGCAAUCCAAAACAAACGGAUGAGCUCAAUAUUGCUGUUUUGUAGUUGCACAUAGGCCAAUGAUGGACAGCAAGUUGUCAAACAUAUUUUAACCGUCGGUCCCCGUCAUGCAAACCUGUGUUUGGUGUUAGCCAAGUAUUAAAAGCAGUUGAAAAGACCUGUAAUCUAGAAUAGUUUAUUAAUUUUGGCACUAAAUUUCUUCCAUGCUGUAAAAUAAAAUUUAGCAAUAAUGCCUUUUUACUUUACAAAGAAAGUCAUUGUUGAUUUUUAAUUGACAUUAAGGUGCAAACAUGAUCCAAACUCUUCGAGUGUAAUCAUCAAAUUUAAAAAAAAUAUCUUUUGAAAGGAUGUUUCAGUAACUUUGCAUUUUUUCCUCCUUAAUGUGGGUCUCUGGAAUUGUCUUUCAGUUGUUUAAAAGAAUUUAGCCGUACUUAGUUAAAAGCCUGUUGUCGUAAGAAAACUAUUACUGUUAAUGUUUUAUUUACUGUAUUGAUUAUGCAAAAAAACACUGAGCUUGUUGAAUCAAAACUGUCUUGUUUCCUUUUGGAUGUCAAAUCUUUGAAAGGUGUUUCUUCUGUUUUCCUUUCUUUCAUUAUGUAAAACUAACUUUACUCAUUUCAGGACAUUGUUGUUCAAAGUAUGCACUUUCAAAUCCCAAAUAAAAUUGAGAAUGCGGUCAAA